GUGGCCCCUCUGGCUUUCCCUCCAGGACCUGAUCAGGGUGCACCACAGCUUCCUGCGGGCUAUCGACGUGGCCAUGAUGGCGGGCGGCGGCACGCUGGCCAAGGUCUUCCUGGAAUUCAAGGAGAGGCUCCUGAUCUACGGGGAGUACUGCAGCCACAUGGAGCACGCUCAGAACACGCUGAACCAGCUCCUCGCCAGCCGGGAGGACUUCAGGCUGAAAGUGGAGGAAUGCACGCUGAAGGUCCAGGACGGGAAGUUCAAGCUGCAGGACCUGCUGGUGGUGCCCAUGCAGCGGGUGCUCAAGUACCACCUCCUCCUGAAGGAACUUCUGAGCCAUUCCACCGACCGGCCCGAGAGCAGCAGCUGAAGGAAGCACUGGAAGCCAUGCAGGACUUGGCCAUGUACAUAAAUGAAGUGAAGCGGGACAAAGAGACGCUGAAGAAAAUCAGCGAGUUCCAGAGCUCCAUAGAGAACCUGGUAAGCGGCCGGCUCUCCAAGGAAUGGAGAUUGUUCU